GCAGCCGAACUGAGACCGAGCAGGAGUUUGAGAAUUGGACACAGUCGUCGAGGUACUCUUUCCCGAGGCGGAGGAAAUGUAUUCGGCUGUGAAGCCAUUGUCCAAGUACUUGCAAUUCAAAUCGAUACGCAUCUACGAUGCCGUCUUCACCAUUCACUCCAAGUGCACGGUGGUCAUCCUGCUGACGUGCUCGCUGCUGCUGUCGGCGCGCCAGUACUUCGGCGAUCCGAUACAGUGCAUCAGCGAGGAGAAGAACAUCAACUAUGUGCAGUCCUAUUGCUGGACGAUGGGCACCUACAUCAUCAAGGUGGACAACUCCACCGAUCUCCGUCAGCUGCUGCCGACGCCGCCGCCGCCGACUAGCCGUGCCGGACACGGCCGGGUCAGCCUGCGGCGGCUGGCCGACUACAACGAGGAGUACGCGCGGGCGAUAUCGAUAGCCGAGGGCGUCGGCCCCGAGGUGCGCGGCCAGACGCAGCGCGUCUACUUGCGCUACUAUCAGUGGGUCAUCAUACUGCUCCUCUUCCAAUCGUUCGUCUUCUACUUUCCGUCGUGCCUCUGGAAGGUGUGGGAGGGCCAGCGGCUGAAGCAGCUCUGCUCGGAGGUGGGCGAGGCGCUGCUCUCGGAGCAGACGUACAACACGCGCCUCCGACUGCUGGUCAAGUACUUUACCACCGACUACGAGGACAUGCACUACUGCUACAUGGCCAAGUACGUCUUCUGCGAGCUCCUCAACUUUCUGAUCAGCAUACUCAACAUCCUGGCGCUGGAGGUGUUCCUCAAUGGCUUCUGGAGCAAGUAUCUGCAUGCGCUGGCCACGAUACCGCUGUACGACUGGGAUCGCUGGAAUCACAUCUCGUCGCGGGUCUUCCCCAAGAUCGCCAAGUGCGAGGUGCUCAAGUAUGGGGCCAGCGGCACGGCCAGCAUCAUGGACAAUCUAUGCAUACUGCCGCUGAACAUAUUGAACGAGAAGAUCUUCGUCUGCCUCUGGUGCUGGUUCCUGCUGAUGGCCUUCAUGUCCGGCCUGAAUCUGCUCUGUCGCCUGGCCAUGAUGCUCAGCCGGACGCUGCGCGAGCUGAUGAUACGCAGCCAAUUGCGCUACAUGACCAAACAGCAUGUGCAGCACGUCUUCCGGGAUCUGACCAUCGGCGAUUGGUUCCUCCUGAUGAAGGUCAGCGUCAAUGUCAAUCCGAUGCUCUUUCGCGAUCUCAUCGACGAGCUGUGCGAGCUGCGCACCAUUCACAGCUCCUGCUCAUCCCUCACGCUGCUCGAGUGUCCCGUCUAGUCGCUGUCGCCUGCUCAACUACAAACAAACAAACAAACAUACAUACAUGCCUACAUACAUACAUACAUAGAGACGUACUUGUAUUAAAUUCUUUCAGAUUCCAGCAAUCCUCAAUUGUUGACCACCAAACCCGCUGUGCCUAGUUUCUUUAUGUAUG